UCUUAAAUGGUGAAAAACCGGUAUUCUUUGUUCACGAUCUGAAAUUUCCCUCAAGGGCAAAGGGGUGUAGAAUUCAAAAGGCUAGUGUCAGAAAGAUAUUGAAUGGAGGUGGAUCCUUAUCGAACGAGCUCUUAAUAGACGCCAUAAAAAUCUUCCCGAAAGCUAAAAUCCUCUCGGCUUAUGGGAUGACAGAAACCUGUUCUUCCCUCACAUUCAUGACCCUCUAUGAUCCAAAACCCGAGUCAAACUCAUCGAUCCUUCGUGCUGAGAAAUUCAUUUCAAUCCACCGACCUCAAGGGAUUUGUGUCGGAAAGCCUGCACCUCAUGUUGAACUGAAGAUUCACCUUGAAAAUUCGUCAAGUACCGGGAAAAUUCUAACUCGGGGGCCGCACGUAAUGCUCGGAUACUGGGGUAAGGUCCAAGUUAACAUUGCAGGAUCUGAAUCCAGCAAUGGAGCUUGGCUUGAAACUGGCGAUAUCGGGGAAAUUGACGAGUUUGGCAACUUAUGGCUCAUCGGUAGAUCCAACGGAAGAAUUAAGUCCGGAGGCGAGAAUGUAUACCCUGAAGAGGUCGAGGCUGUUCUAUUGCAGCAUCCUGGAGUUCUGUCUGCAGUUGUGACAGGAGUUGCAGAGACUCGUCUUGGAGAGAUGGUUGUUGCUUGUGUCUGUCUUAAAGAGAAAUGGCAGUGGUCUGAAGAAAAUCUCGACGGCUCCGACACAAGCGGAGAAGAUCUUCUUCUGUCGAGCGAGAUUCUCCGGCGUUAUUGCAGAACGCAGAAUCUAACUGGGUUCAAGAUUCCAAAGAGGUUUUUCCGGUGGAAGAAGCAUUUUCCGGUGACUUCGACCGGAAAAGUGAGAAGAGAUGAAGUCCGGAGGGAAGUUGCAUCUCUUGUCCAAACGUUGAAUAGCUCUCUUUGAUCAGAUUCGUAUUUGUGAUUUGAUCUGAGUAUGUAUCCUUUUACGUAUAAAUUAUAAAUUAUAUUAUCUCCAUUUUUGUUAUUUUUUUAAA